AGCAGCAGAAGGCAAAAACCAACCUCACCAACCUGUUCGCACUGUUCGUCACUCUGCUGUUAUCCACAGCAGUAAUCCGCUAUCCGAAAACAUACAUUCCAAAGCCGAGGCGUGUGUGUCUGGUGUCAGUACGCGGCAGCGGUUCCGUGUGUCGCGUCUGACGCUUUAGAUUUUUAAGAUAAGCAGGCGGAUGGUUUGCGCAGUAAAUCGCUGAUUGUGCGUCGUCCGGCGUGUGUGCAGUGCCGGAUCGCCUCCUAGAGGAGCGUAACGCCUCGUGGCUUGUAUCAACCACGAUGGACGCUCUACGUGUGGAAACCAUCCGCAAUGUGCGCAGUUGCCUGGUGAUUGUGAAAGGCGCAUUGGACAUCCGCCAAUUGGCCAAAGACUACAACACUUUCAUGAACACACCAAUUCCCUUCAAGAAACUCGGCUACAACUCCCUCGAAGAUUUUCUACGUUCCGAUCCAUCACUCGUGCUCGAUAAACAACCAAAUGGCCAAGUCCUCGUCGAUGCCAUUCCGGAUCCACGCAGUAAACACAUUGGUGAAAUGGUUGCACGACAAAACUCCAAAAAGAAGAAAAACGCGCCUCUGCGACCGAAGAAUCCACAACAACCGAAACGAUGGCGGCCGGUGAAUGUCGUCUCCAACGGUCAGCAUCAGCAAUAUGCCAACAAUUCACCGCGUAUCGCGCAGCACAAUCAGUUUAUCACUAGUCCCAGGAAAUGGCAGCAACCACAAGCGCAAUAUCAACAUCAACAGCAAGCACCCACACAUCAUCAAUAUUCCGGCGUGACCAAUCAGCAUGUUCAGAAUAAUCUGCGUAACAUGAGUAGAAUGCAGAUUUCUCCCGAGCAAAACAAACCGACGGCGAAUAAGGAGAAUCAAAGGCCGUCAGCGGCGUUAUUACCAUUACCCGAAGUAGUUGCUGCUCCGAAGGAAGAGAAGACUAAUAUUACAGCGGUGAUGCAGCGUGCGAGGGAGAGACUAAGCAGCACGGCGGCUUCAGUUAGCGGCAGUGAUGCGGAUGAUAGGAAUCAGUUCUGUGAGAGUGGUGAUGUCUCGAAGGAUUUGUGGAAUUUCACGAGGUUUCGUCGGAUUGAAGAACCGCAGGUGAAUUGUGUGCAGACGAAGACAAAAUCACAGAAACGGCCGCAGUUUUACUGCAAAGUUAAGGUUGAUGGAUCGACAUUUUCAAGUUACCCUGAAGAAUUCCACGAUGAAAAGUCUGCGGUUCAAUACUCUACCAAACUGGCGCUGGAACAGCUCCUAAAAAAGUAUGGCCGAACGCGAAAACAGUCGAUUCCAAUCACGGUGGAUUCGUCCAUCAUCGAACGUGUCCCCAGUCUUAUAGGUAAACAUUACAACGGUGUCUGGAGCUGGCAAGUUGAAGCCGAUUACAAAGAUUUGUACAAUGAAGCACUGCCUGCUAACUGGUUGGAAAUUAUUGAUGUUAGUCCGAUGAUUACCGUUGAACAGUUUGGCGAUAAAUUUGUUUUGCGAGUAUGCAACCCACAAGACUUGUUACAGAAAGGCAAGGUGCAUUCGGCGCUGGCGUGCGACGUGUCUAUUCCAACCAGUUCGGCGAAUUUCGAUGAGAAUGGGUUCAUGACGGCGAGGGUGACUUGUGCGGUGUCAGCUGGUGAGGUUUGGUGUAGGCAGAUCUGUACAGAAGAAGCUACCGCAUUUGACACGAUGUGUGAACAAAUGAACAAACACUACAACGAUAUGUUUAAUCAGAACGCCCGAAUGCUUAUUGAACGCUGCGUCAAAGGGCAUUACUACGCCGCUUGGGACAAGACCUGGCAUCGGGCGCAGGCUCUCGAAGUACGCGAAAACGGCCUGCUGUGUUUGAUGGUCGACCGCGGCGAUGAUUGCUUCAUACCGUUCGAAAAUAUAUAUGCACUGCAUCGUCAAUAUGCGCGCGAACGAGCGCAGGCUUUUGUUUGUCGCCUCGCUGGUCUGGAUGAACUCUACGAGGCAUCACAAUUUACCGACGCCAUCAUAGAAUUAGAAGACGCUGAAAUUACUCUGGAACUCAUCGAGGAUACUGAAAAUGGGGAGACCCCAAAGAAGAUUGUUAGUGUUGUUAUGUACGAUAUUGAAACAGGCGUCGAAUUCAAUACGGAAUUGAUGGCGAUGAUUGCCAUCGAGAAUACUACACAUACAUUUGAUAUCGAUAAAUCAUUUGAAGUGCAUGUAUCACACAUUGCCAAAGAUGGAUUAUUCUACGUACAAGUACGUUCACCCGGUUAUAACGUCCUAAAUACCAUGAUGACUGAACAAGAGUCUGAACUGCCAAAAUAUUUAUCCAAACACACGCACCACGAGGCUAUAACACGUCAAAACUGUAAAGAUAAGCUUUAUUUCGCUAAACUAGAAGAUGAUUCAUGUUACAACCGCGUGAAGAUCAUAGAUUCACCGGAAGACUUCAAAUACGCGCAGAUAUUAUACGUGGAUCACGGUAAAACACGAGUGAUUAAAUUAAGCAAUGUUUCGCUUUUACCUCUGGAUAAAUUGAAUCCACUAUUGGCGAAGUUUCCACCACAGGCGACAUUAGUACGCAUGCAGAUGAAGAGAAUCCCAAGUGAUUUAGCAGCGAAGAUGACUGAAUUGUUGCCGCAACAAGCCAGUCUUUUACUGCGGGUGCAAAGUAAGGACGAGAAGGGAAUUCCGAGUGUUAUGCUGUUUGUGCCGAAUGUCAACGGGUUGGUAUCGGUGAAUGACAGUCUAAGUUUUGAAAACUUUAAAAAGGAACCAAUUUCACCGUUAUCACCAAAUGGCCGUUUUACUCCACCAGACUCCCCGCACAAUGUCCCAUCUACCGGCGUUUUGCAAGCACCGCAUCUUCCGAAUUCCAAAGAAUAUUUCGAGGUAAAAGUACCGUUCGCCGUCAAUCCGUGGAACUUUUUCAUUCAACCACGUGAUACAGCGAAUCAACUGGCUGAGAUGAUGAGUAAAUUACAAGCGACAUUCGCUAAUCGACACGUGGAGGCGGUUAAUCUGAAAGAUAUUAAAGCCGGUUCUAUGUACGCUGCGAAACGCGAUGAUGGCGUCUGGUGUCGCGUCUGCGUACUGAAGACAAUCUACCCGAGCGCCAUUGUUGUCUUCUAUGUCGAUUUCGGUUAUUAUGCAAAUCUAAAUUAUCAGAAUUUGUUUUCGUUGGAUAAACACUUUUUGGAGCUGCCGUAUCAGGCAAUCAAGGCAAAACUAGCAGGCAUCAAACCCAUUCAAGAGAAAUGGUCGGUUAAUGAUUGCCGCUAUUUUGAGAAGUUGGUGCAACAGCGUGAGUACGUGUCGGUAAUCAUCGCAUUGGAAAACGACGAGCUUUAUCCAUGCGAUAAAGUGCUUGUACUCAAGCUGAUUGACACCGAGUCAUCCAAUCAAGAUGUGGUGAUUGGUGAUUUGUUAAUUCAGAAGAAGAUUGCCGUUCGGAAUUAACAAAACUAUGUUUUAUUUGUUUUUUUCUCAUAUCGCAAAGUUAUUGUUGGCGGAGUAACGUUUUUGUUUAUGUUUAUGUAAUAUUUAUCAACGGAUAGAUUCUUUUAUUAGAUGUUAUAACUGUGCGCGAAUUGUUUGCACGCACUAUUGGCAGGAUACUCAUGAAUCGUUUGCAACUCUUGAAUUUUUCUAUUUUUAUUAUUACUACUUAAUGUUUGACAAAUUUGUUCAACCAUGUCGCCCUCCAAUAUGCACAAUGUCGAACAGUUUCCCGCACGGUUUUUCUACGGCUUUUAAAGUUGAAUCUUUAAGCAACUUACCAAGACUGACGACUGACUUAUGAUACAAAGACGCUAAAAAAGACAAAAUGGCCGUUGAGUUGUGAGCGUGCGUCGCAAUGUUACUUUGUUUGGCGCAAACAAAGUUAUACAUUGUUAUCGCAGCAGAAAAUGAGAUGAUUUAUGUUUUGCUAAAAAUUACUUGCGUUAUGUUUAAUUAUUUAAGCAUGUAACGUUAAAUAUAAUUGUUUGUAUUUUCAUAGAAUUUAAAAUCGUAUAUUUUUGUAUGUAUUUUGUAAGUAUUUAAUUGUUUUAUUUCGAAUUCGAAACUGUUUCAUUUUUUAAAGUUAUGCUUGUUAAUGUUUCGUAAACAAUGGAAAACAAGCAAUUAUAAAAGAUUUACACUUAUUGUAAACGCAAAAA